AUGGAGACGUCCAGCAGUGACCGUCUCUUCUGCUGCCCAUGGCUGCGCCGCAGAGUUCCAAUGGCCUACAGAGACGAGCUUUACCAUAUCCUCAAGAUGACUGUGCCAGUGUUGAUUACUCGAAUUCUUGGUUACCUGCCCUCCUUUGUGAAUACCAUGUUCUGUGGACGUUUGGGAAAUAAUGUCAUGGCUGGCUAUGGUCUCGCUUGUGCUACCAUCAAUAUAACAACAACUUCAACAGGGUUUGGACUUGCAGUGGCCUGUGAUACUCUGGUGUCUCAGACUUUUGGGGGUAAGAACCUGUUGCGUGUUGGAGUGAUUCUGCAGAGGAGCAUCCUCAUCCUGCUGCUCUUCUGUCUGCCCUGCUGGGCCCUGCUCAUCAACGCACAGGCCGUCCUGCUCUGUCUGGGACAGGACCCCGAAGUUGCCAGAAUAGCCCAGAUGUAUAUGACAGCCUUUAUUCCAGCAGUGCCAGCCAUGUUUCUCCAGCAACUGCAGGUCUCCUAUUUACAGAACCAGAUUAUCAUCCUGCCUCAGUUGUUCACUGCUGUUGCUGCAAACAUAGUCAACGCAGUGACUAACUAUAUUCUUGUGUUCUGGCUGGAACUAGGCAUCAGUGGUUCUGCAGCAGCCAACACCAUGUCUCAUUUCUAUUCCUGUGGGUUCCUCUUUAUUUAUAUUUGGUGGAAGAAACUGCACGCUAAGACGUGGGGAGGUUGGUCUAUGGAAUCACUGCAGGAGUGGGGCUCUUACAUGAAACUGGCCAUUGCAAGUACAGUGAUGAAGUGUGCCGAGUGGUGGGUUUAUGAGUUCGGAGGGUUCUUUGCAGGAAUGUUGAGUGAAAACGACCUGGCUGCCCAACAUGGAGUCAUCAUGAUAGCAUUUAUCACAUACAUGUUUCCUGUGGGAAUCCAAGCAGCCACCUGUGCUCGAGUGGGCAAUGCACUUGGAGCAGGGAACACUUCUAGAGCCAGAAUCACUGUGAAAGUCUCCUAUGGACUCGCAGUUGGCUUUGCCAUAGUCCAAGGUACUGUGCUGGGCUGUAUUAAACAUGUGAUUGGAUACAUUUUUACCAAUGAUGAAGAAAUAGUGAGCCUGAUCUCGCACUUGAUGAGUGCUUACUGUUUCCUACAGUUGUUUGAUGCCAUUGUGGUAAGUUUUUUAGAUGCACUUCUUACAUUGUGUGAUGAUCUGGUGAUCUCUUUAUUGAUUAUUUGCUGUCCACAGUGUGUGUCAAGUGGCAUCUUUGUUGGUACAGGAAGACAGAAAGUCGCAGCUGUGGCAAAUAUCAUUGGAUACUAUGGCAUUGGACUCUCAGUGGGACUAGUACUCACGUUUGUAGCAAAACUACAAACAUUAGGGUUUUGGCUGGGACUGUUAAUUUGUGUAUGUUUGCAAUCCACCUUCUUUGUCAUCGUCAUCAUCUUUAAGCUGAACUGGAAGACAAUGACAGAUGAGGCUGUGAAACGGGCACGCAAAACAACUAACCUGGCAUCAGUAAAUGAAAAAAUUCUAUUAGAAACUACGGGUAAUGACACUUCUGUUCACACAUCUGAAACUGGAAAUACAGUGGACGGCUAUAAAGCAACAUACCUAGGAGGUGACGAGGCAGUGAAGCCAAAUGAGCAUCAGGGAGGAGGUGUUCUGUCCCCCUGUCAGCUGCUGCUCAGACGUGGCCUCGUGGUACUGGGGGCUGUGGCAAUUCUGGCUAUAGGCGUGUCCGUGCGCUUCCUGCACUUUGAUCAGCUUUGGUCGUUGGAAGCAAACAUGGAGCAGUCUUUGUGCCAUAGGAUUGCAGUGACCUAUAGAGAGGAGCUGUCCCAUAUCAUUACAAUGUCGGGGCCACUGCUGUUCUCACGAAUCUUCAACUAUCUUCUGCCGUUUGUGGUGACCAUGUUCUGUGGGCAUCUGGGAAAUGAGGUAAUGGCUGGAUAUGGCCUGGCUUCUGCGACAAUCAAUGUUACUACAGCAGCAACAGGAUUUGGUCUAGCAAUGGCCUGUGAUACACUGGUGUCUCAGACUUUUGGGGGUAAGAACCUGUUGCAUGUUGGAGUGAUCCUGCAGAGGGGCGUCCUCAUCCUGCUGCUCUUCUGUCUGCCCUGCUGGGCCCUGCUCAUCAACGCACAGGCCAUCCUGCUCUGUCUGGGACAGGACCCCAAGGUUGCCAGAAUAGCACAGCUGUAUAUAACACACUACCUUCCAGCUGUACCUGCAAUGUUUCUUCAUCACCUUCAAGUGUCCUACCUGCAGAACCAGGGUAUAACACUGCCUCAAGUAUAUAGUGGGCUGAUGGCAAAUAUCGCCAAUGUUGGAACUAACUAUAUUCUUCUGUACUGGCUGAAUCUGGGGGUGAGUGGGUCUGCGGUGUCCAACACUCUGUCUCAGAUUUACAUAUGCGUUUUCCUAUUUGCAUAUAUUCGAUGGAAAAAGCUCUAUGCAGCAACAUGGGAUGGCUGGUCUGUGGAAUCACUGCAUGAGUGGGGCUCCUACAUGAAACUAGCCAUUCCCACCACAAUGAUGAAAUGUUUUGAGUGGUGGGUUUAUGAAAUAGGAGGAUUCCUUGCAGGAAUGUUGAGUGAGGAUGAACUGGCUGCUCAACAUGCAGUUAUGAUGGUGGCAUUAAUAACAUACAUGUUCCCUCUGGGUGUUCAAGCUGCAGCCUGUGCUCGAGUGGGAAACGCUCUCGGAGCAGGAGACACUUCUAGAGCGAUUCUUGCUUGUAAAAUCUCUCUCACACUUGCAGCAAGCAUUGCCUUGAUUGAGGGUGUUGCACUUGGUUCUGCUAAAAAUGUAAUUGGCUACAUCUUUACCUCCGACAAAAAGAUUAUAGAUUUGGUAGCUCAUUUGAUGACUGUGUACUGUUUUCUACAGUUCUUUGAUGGUCUGGUGGUAGUGCUUAAACUGUCCCUUGGCCUGUAUAUAAUGAACAGAAAACUGAAAACUACUGUUUUGCAGUGUGUCUGCACAGGCAUCUUUGUGGGCACCGGGAAACAGAUGAUCCCAGCUGUGGCUAACCUCAUUGGAUACUAUGGCAUUGGACUCUCCCUCAGUGUGACAUUUAUAUUUGUGGCAAAAAUGAGGAUCUUUGGUUUUUGGUUGGGCUUGCUAAUUUGCGUGAUUGUACAGUCCACCUUCUUUAUUGUUGUCAUUUUCAAAUUGAACUGGAAGAGAAUGACAGAAGAGGCUUUAAAACGAGCCCAUAAGAACAAUGACGUACACCUAACACAAACUCUGCCUGAUGCCCACACACCUGAUUGUGCUGAUAGACACAGAGCAGGGUCAGCUGGUCAACUGUCCUCAUCUCAGCUCAUCGUCAGAAGAGGAAUCACUGUGUUAUCUGCUGCUGGACUUUUUGCUCUGGGAAUAACCAUCCAUUUGAUUGUGCCUUUGCCAGAAGCAUAUACCAUUUCUUUAUAUUGGCCCAAUAGUACACAUUAUUCUGGUAAUUUUUCAACUCUAGUAGUUCAAAACAACACAAGAUAA